AUGGAGAGCAAACCUUCUGAGGAAAAGAGCAAACAUGUCUUGGGACAGGGGAUCCAGGAGGAUGUGACCUUGGAGGAGCUGGGAUACCAACAGGAACUCAGGCGGUCGUAUGGCCUUCUGGAUAUGCUCGGGUUCAGCUUCAGUAUUGUGACAUGCUGGUCGGCGUUGAGCGGAGUUUUCAUAAUCGGAGUCAGCGCCGGUGGUCCACCGGUGGUUCUUUAUGGAUGGAUUGGGACCUGUGUUCUCACCAUGGCUGUGGCCUGUGCAAUGGCAGAAAUGUGUUCCCGAUGGCCCGUUGCUGGAGGACAGUACUCGUGGGUGGCUUUGAUGGCACCGGAGCAAAUCGCGCGUGAGAUGUCCUAUGUGACUGGCUGGUUCAUGUUAAUGGGUAUCAUCUCUAUGGGAUCGGCCAAUAAUUCUUUCAUCUCCAACUACAUUCUAGGACAGGCUAAUCUUGUGUUUCCGCAAUACACGAUUGAGCGUUGGCAAAGUGUGCUCGUCUCAUACUUAGCUGCCCUUAUCGGUGGCAUAAUCAACAUCUGGACACCUCAUCUGCUAUAUAGACUAGCCCGAGCCGUAUUCUUGUGGAAUAUGGUCUCGUUCGUCGUCAUAGUGGUUGUGCUGCUCGCUACAAAUGACCACAAGCAAAGCGGGGACUUCGUCUUCCAUGAGUUCCAAAACGGGACCGGCUUUGGCACCGCGAUGGCCACCAUCAUAGGUAUUCUGCAGGCCUUUUUCGGAAUGUGUUGCUAUGACACCCCUGUCCAUAUGACCGAGGAGAUGACCCAUCCCUCUCGGGAUGCUCCGCGAGCAAUCAUUCUCUCUGUUGUAAUCGGUGCAGUGACUGGAUUCGUGUUCCUGAUAACUCUUUGCUUCUGCAUUGGAGAUAUCUCGAGUACGGCCGACACCAGCACAGGCUCGCCAGUUCUGCAAGUUUUCUACGAUUCAACAAACAGCAAGGCUGCCGCAUGUUUUAUGGCCAGCAUGAUCACCGUUAUCAUGUUCGUUAGCACGAUCAGCUUGAUCACCGAUGGUUCUCGAUCGCUGUAUGCUUUUGCCCGCGAUCAUGGCUUACCUUUUUCGGGAUUUCUGUCGCAGGUCAGCAAAAAGAAGCAGGUUCCAGUGAAUGCAAUUGUGGUAACAGUCAGUAUUCAAAUGGCCUUUAAUUCGAUUUAUUUUGGAACAGUCACAGGAUUUAAUACUGUUGUAUCUAUUGCCACGACGGGAUUUUAUGUAUCAUACGCCCUCGCUCUUCUAGCUCGGAUAUUAGGUUACUUCUUCCGCGAUAAGCUUGUUUUCACCGGCCCAUAUUCACUUAGCCUGCCUAUAUCUCUGUCCAUGAACAUGAUUGGCUUUUUUUUCCUCGUCUUCGCAUUCAUUACCUUCAACUUCCCGUCCGAAGCUCCUGUCAACGAGUCCACGAUGAAUUACACCAGUGCCGCCAUUGGCGUGACCGCCUUACUGAGUCUGGUUACAUGGUUUACCACAGGCAACCGGCAUUUCCACGGUCCUGUUGAGGCACGCAAUGGGCAGGAGCAGGAACAGACUAUUGUUGUGGAAAAGGAGACAAAAGCUUAAAAUAUUCUAGAUAGUUAGGCAACAAGAAGAGUGGAUAUAUAGAAUUAUCUCAUUUAUAGAAUCAUCUAAAUUCUUGAU